AGCCUCCCCGCCCUCGCCCUCUUUGCAGGUGGUGCGCCGCUGCCGCCGGCCGGGCUCACUGCUCCUGCCGGGGACACGCGCGCUCGCCCCGCGCUCCUGCUACUGCUGCUCCCGAGGAGAGCCGCGCCGCCUCCCCGCCCCAGCCGCUUCCACGCUCUCCCUUAGCGCCCGGCCUCAAACUUUGCCCAUUCCGGGCUGUAAUCCGUUUGCAUCGCAACCGUCCCCCACAGCAGCGCCCUGCCGGAGCUUGGGGGAGAUGUGCCCUCCGCACUAACCAGAGCGUUUACACACAAGUGGGAUCUGCCUCUGCUGGGAUCGGGGCCGGGUUCCAUCCCCCAGGAGCUCCUGCGUUCUGAGUGGCGGCAGCUGCACCAUCCCUGGGAAGUCAGCCCCAGAAGAGCCAGGAUUUCCCCCCCGUUCUUCUUCUUCCCCCUCUUCGUGCAAUAGCGCUUGGAAGUCACAGGCUCUCUCCGCAGCCCGAGAUCUUGCAUUGCUCUGCCUAGGUCCCAGUGAUUUUUGCCUGUAGGUUGGGGACUUUUUUUACCCCCCGCCCCCUUGCCAUCUGAUUUCCCCUGAGUGUUGUUUUCUAGUGGGGCGGGGAGGCAGGGAUGCUAGGGGGAAGGUGGGACUGAGCUCCCCCCCAUUCCGUGCACCGUGCCUGCAAACAGCUAGCGAGCGCCGGGCAGAGGGAGAGAGCCCGCUUUGCAGCCCGCGGUCAGCGGGACCUUGGGAUUGUCCUUUGCGCUGCAGGUUCGGGGGGCUCGGCAGAGAAGGAGGAUGCAUUUCUUCCCGUGGGGAUUUUGGCUGCUGUGUGUCGCCUCCUCCUCGGCUCGGGGUGACAGUGGCAGCAAAGCGAAGAGCUGCACCGAGGUCCGGCAGUUUUAUGCGACCAAAGGAUUCAGCCUGCACGGGGUACCCCAGGCGGAGAUCUCAGGGGAACACCUGAGGAUCUGCCCGCAGGGCUACACCUGCUGCACCAGUGAGAUGGAGGAGAAUUUCGCAAAAAAAAGCCAAAGUGAAUUUGAAGACAUGAUGACAGAAGCCAGCCGCUCAGCACAGGUGACCCUAACAUCUCAGUACAAAAACUUUGAUGGUUAUUUCCAGGAUUUGUUGAACAAGUCAGAGAAAGCCCUCUAUGACACUUUUCCUAGCACGUAUGGAGAGCUGUACAGCCAGAACAUCAAGCUCUUCAAGGACUUGUACAGUGAGCUACGACGCUAUUACCGGGGCUCCAACAUCAACCUGGAAGAGGCCCUCAACGAGUUCUGGACACGCCUGCUGGAGCGCCUCUUCAAGCUGGUGAAUCCCCAGUACCACAUCACUGACGAGUACCUGGACUGCAUGGUGAAACACUCUGAGCAGCACAAACCCUUUGGAGAAAUUCCGAGGGACCUGAAGCUGAAGGCGACAAGAGCUUUCAUCGCAGUGCGCUCCUAUGUACAGGGGCUUAGCGUGGGCAGUGAUGUUGUCAGAAAGGUCUCUCAGGUGUCUCUUAGCCAUGAGUGCACUCGUGCCAUAAUGAAGCUGGUGUACUGUCCGUAUUGCCGGGGCAUUUCUAGUGUGAAACCGUGCAACAACUACUGCCACAACGUCAUGAAGGGCUGCCUAGCCAAUCAAGCAGACCUGGACACAGAAUGGAGGAACCUGAUUGAUUCUAUGCUGCUAGUGGCUGACCGGUUUGAUGGACCAUCCAAUGUAGACACUGUAAUUGGUACCAUUCACACCCGGAUUGCUGAAGCCAUUUCUAACAUGCAGGAAAACAGAGAGUCUAUCACAGCCAAGGUUUUCCAAGGUUGUGGAAAUCCCAAAAUCAGCACAAAAGCAUCCAGUGGAGAGGAUAAGAAAAGAAGGGGAAAAGCUGUCACCGACAAUAAAUCCUCAGGGCUUGGACUGGAGAAGCUAGUUUCUGAUGCCAAAGGGAAGCUGAGAGAUAUCAAGGAUUACUGGGUUGCCUUGCCAAGCACACUUUGCAAUGAGAAAAUAACAUCCGGCUCGGUGAACGAGGACAAGUGCUGGAACGGAAUGGCCAAGGGGAGGUAUUUGCCAGAGGUGAUGGGAGAUGGUCUGGCCAAUCAGAUUAAUAAUCCAGAGGUAGAGGUGGACAUCACCAAGCCAGAUAUGACCAUUCGUCAGCAAAUCAUGCAGCUGAAGAUCAUGACAAACCGACUGCGCAAUGCUUACAAUGGCAAUGAUGUGGACUUCCAGGAUGCUAGUGAUGACAUCAGUGGCUCUGGGAGUGGUGAUGGCUGCCCUGAUGAAGUCUGCGGCAAAAGACUUUCCAAGAACCCCAGCACCAGGCAGCCAGAAGUACAUGCUAUUCCUAACCAGUCCGGACGUGGCGUAAAGGGGGCCAGCAACAAAUUUUUGCCUUCCUCCUUCCUAAUCUUCCUUUCUGUGGCUGUUAUUGCAACGCAGUACUUGCGGCGGUAACUUACUUGCACAGCCAUGAAAGAGACUGUGGCUGAGGUCUUAACUUUGCCAAAAAAAAAAAAAAAAGGGACAAUAUUUAAUUCAUCUUGGCAAGAAAGAGGGAGAAAAAAAAGGUCUCAAUUGUUUGUGAUAUCUGGCAGUGCUAGAGCUGUUCCAUCCUUGUUUGCUCUUUUUUGAAUGCUGGGCCCUCUUUCCGUACCUCAUUUUUUAUUUCAUUGUUUUGCCACAAAGAGGCUCUUUGGGGCCUCAAACAAGCCUCUGCAGAUAGGGGGAAAAGAAAAAACGAUCUCCAGAGAGUCACCAUUUGACUGACUGCAGUGGAAUAUGCAGUUAACCUAAUAUUGUUAUACAACCGUAGCCAAGAAUGCCACUUACCCAUUAACAUCUAAAGCCCGACAGGUUUAGAACAGUGCAACUUUUAAAAUUAGGACUGACAACAGCAGCAAGCACUCUAUUAUGUUCAGGAGCUCAUUCAUAAUUUUCUGUUGUAUUUCUUAAGCAGGCAGAGAGAUGAUCCUUCACUCAUUUUCUUGGAUGUAGGUGUUUCAAAUAAUUCCUUAUGCUAAUACAAACUCGAUUAGCAAUGGGAUUCCUUAUCCAAGCGUUUGCAACUAAAAUGCAACAGUCCUCUCACUUACAAGUACAGAAGUAGUUUUGUUUACUAAAAUUAGCCAUCAGUGGCAAUUAAUAAUGCUCCUACUUUAAAGUGAAUGGGAGUGAGAUUUAGAUUUUGCGUGAUAUUUGGAAACCUUUGAAGUUAGCUAUUAAUGAUCUAAUCUAGACCUGCCGUCCAGUAUCACGAUAUGCAGGCUGAGAUUUGUCAUUUGAGGGGUUUGUUUCCAACAGGAGACUGAGGCUCUUUGUUAAUGACAGAGACAACAGUAACCUUCUACCAAAGGGGUCGUUGCAAAUUGCUAUUUUGUGAAGUCUUGCAUACUAAUUGCAUAUUAAUACACAUAGAGUUAUGAGGCCUAAAGCAAUAAGUUACAGUAUUGGGAGUCAGUGGGUUAUUACUUCACUUGGCAGUUUGUUUGCCCAGGAAAAUGGCUCAGAUGUAUAAUCUGGGCUUUGAGAGUUCUUUGUAAGUGAAUGCCUGCUUCCCUCCCUCCCCUGUCCAACUUCACCACUGCAGUGACUAAAGAUGAAAACUGUCCAGUAUCUGAGCUACAGCCACACAUUGCGUCAGUGGAUCAUCAGGAUGCUUCUAGACCUUCCCGUCCUCUGCUCUAAGCAAUGGAUGCACAGCCUCCUAAUGUUAGCCAGUAAUUUUUUGUAGUUCAUUACAUGAGUGCCAGGAGUGGAUUCAACUAAAGGUUUUGUUUUUGUCAACAAACGAUAUAUAUAUAAAUAUACACACAUACAUAUCUAUCUGUUCGGGGUGUCUGUGUUUACAGAGCUGUGCACUUUGGUUCCCUAGCUGGCUUAGCUCAUUCGCAGAUACAGUAAACAUCGUUUGGAAAAGUAUCUCUAGGAAAUUUAUCUAGAGUAACAAUACAGUCCAGUUGACUGUUUUUGGCAAUGGGGAACCAUGAGUUUAGGCUCUGCUGUUAUUAAUAUUGUGAUUUUUAUUUUUGGGGAGAAAGCAUAUCUUAUGUUUAAGACGUUUAUAGGCUUAUCAAACUUUUAAACACUGCUGUGUCUUUCGUUACGUGCGAAAAUGUGUUUUGGUUCAUAACAAAAGAUUUGGGAAAAGCAGAAUUUGAUUUGUGCUGUCACUGUUUAUGGAAUGUGCAAUUUAAGGUAAAACUAUAGGAUCAGAGCGCUAGGAAUGUUGAGAGAUGUUGCAAGAAAGCAAGUAUAGUGAAGUCCUUAUGCCCCUGGUUGAGUUAAAAUUCCUAGUUUGUUGGACAACUACCACUGUUUCCUAACCCAGCCACGUAAUGGGGGCUGACACUUAUACUUCUGUAUCAAAACGUGGACUGUGUUUAGGCCAGUUAUGGGAGAGUUAUUGUCCCACAUUACACCUUGCUUCUGCACAGACAAUUUUAGAUCAUUUUGGUGUUGUAUUCCCAAGCUGCCACUAAUUCUUAAAGCUAAACUUGAGCCAGAGGCUUACCUUGCCAUUCGAUUUAAAUUAUCUGGCUCUGAAUUGAAGAAAUUACUGGGCCUAUCAUAAUCUGCGGUGUAGUUUCAGGCAGGUUUGCUUUUAUUGGUCUAGUGCAGUGAUUUUUAGCCCAUGUUGCCAUUACAUGUAUAAAUGAGCCUUCUAUUAUGUAACUCCUAACCCAGUUUCUGAGGGAGCAUGGAAAAUGUUACACAUCAAAAGGGCAUUGGAGUAGAUUUUUUUUUUAAAUGAAAGAAAUUUGAGCACCACAGUCAAUAGUUUUAUAAAUAUUUAGUCACCUGUGGCUCGACACAAUGGAAGAGAAAAAAAUAAUCUCAUUAUCAUGUAUUUGCAGCCUGUUGGAGCACUCACACACGGUUCAUGGCCUUGGGGGACUGUCUCGUUAAGUGCUAUAUCCCAGGGGUUCUCAACCUCUCUCUUUGAGCCCCCCGUCCAUCCCCCUGCUAUAAAACCUCCACAGCCCACCUCUGCCACAACUGGUUCUCUGCAUAUAAAAGGCAGGGCCAGCAUUAGGGGAUAGCAAGCAGGGCAACUGUCUGGGGGCCCCACACCACAGGCCUGCCCCUGCAAGUUGCCCGGGCUCAGGGCCCUACAGGUGGGGCUAUGGCUUUCUUCUCUGGGCCCCAGCAAGUACAACGCUGGCCCUGCUUGGUGGAUCCCCCUGAAACCUGCUCACGGCCCCCCAGGGGGCCCUGGACCUCUGGCUGGGAGCCACUGGUAUAGCCCAUAUCAAGGGAGUAUGACUCACUUUAGAUUUGCUGCUUUGGACGGGGAAGAGGAAAAAGGACCAUUCGCUUCUCUGUUAGCAAGAUGGUGAAUGCUCAGUGUUUUGAUAAGGAAAAAAUACUUUGGGGUUUGUUCUUAUCUGAAUUAUUAAACACCCACAUCCCUGAAAAAUGGACUAGUGGAUCUACAAGCAUCUCUGUCUUUAAACUUGCUCUUUUGUGCCAUAAUUUGUAUGUUUUAACUACGGGUGGGAUCAUUAGCGGCUUUGAGAGCACAGAUAUUUAUCGUUUUACAAAUGACAAACAACCUAUUGUUUUCUGGUGGGCUUGGUAGGGGAUAAGGUAUAACAAAUAUCUGAAGUACACCUUUGCUUUAAAAAAUGCAUUUCUAGCUGGAGGAUUAAGAUUUAUUUCACUUAUUGGCAUAGCUGGCCAGUUAUAUAUUUCUUUCUGUUACCAAGGUACUUGUAACUAUCUUGCACUGUUUAUCUAAAGUUGAAAUAUGUUCUUUGAAUCCUUGUAUAAAUAAAAAGGCUGGAGACUUAAAUCUA